GAUUAGAAAAAGAUUUCUUAACUAUUGGUAUAAUUGAUAUUAUAUUGAAACGAAAUGUUAUAUUAUCGAGAUAUUUUUUGCAAAAACUACAUAAGUCGUUUGAAAAAUAUGAUGAGAAGCAAAAUGGAUUUACCAAUAUUGAAGAGGUUUUAGUUGAUUAUAUUAUUACUAGUAUCUUUAUGUUAAAUUAUGGUAACUCUGGUAUAUUAAAUGAAAAUUAUCUUAUAAGGCAAGUAGAAAAAUAUGUAAAAGAAGAAUUCGAAUUAAAUUAUAGGGUUUUAGUAAAGUGUCUUGGUAUAUUUCAUGGUCUUGAACAGACUUCAAUAAACAUUAGCUCUCCAAAAAUAUAUCUACUAUCCUCAUCUUCAUUGUAUGAAUAUGAAGAAGAUAUCAAUGAAAGAAAAAAAAAAUCAAUUUUGGUGCGAAAAGCAAAGAAACAAAAACUAGAUAUAAUGAUAUACAAAACAUUAGCUGUUAAGACGUAUCCAAAUUAUUUGCAGAAGAAGACGUUUAAUGAAAAACUUUUAUUAUAUUCUGACAUUGAGGAACCCAAGUCUUGUGUAUGGGAAGAAUGCAAAUUCUUGAAAAGGGUUGUCAGAUUAGGAUUAUUACUCAAAAGAUGUCUUGACAAAGUUCCAGCAAAUAUCAUCGAUUUGUCAUUUAGAUCAAGAAAAGAUCUGAAAUAUACUAUUCCUAUAUAUGCACAAAACUUUUCAAGAAAAGAUUGGAAUCAUUUCUAUUUAAGACCAAGAGAAAGAAUAAUAUCUGGCUAUCAGAAAAGAUCAAUUGCGACUGCAAAUUUAUGUAUCAUAGAAAGACAAAUAAAUGAUACCUCUCCUGGAUGUAAGAAUGAUGUACAAAGGUUGGUAAGGUUGGGAUAUCAUGCUAACAAGCUAAGCUCAGUAAGAGACAAGUUGAACAAUUCUAAGAGAAAUAAGAAAAAGGCCAAGAGAAUAGACAAGGCUAAUUACAAUAUGAUUAUGAUCCCAGAAUUUGAUGUUAAGAAUAUGAUAAAGAAAGAAAAGAGAAAGAUCAAGUUCGAUGUCAUGAGAAGCAUGUUGCCUGGUCACACAGAUUAUUUAGACAGCAGCUGA